CCAGAUUCCCCCUGAAAUCCUCCCAUAAAAGCCCUCCCAACCCUCACCUGCAUGCACGAGAACAUCAACAAAAUUCCCUUCCGAUUCGAGCGUAGAAAAUCCUCCUGUAACCACCGCGACUCCACCACCAUCCAAGGCUUGCCGAGGCGUGUCAUACUGUGAUCCGCCACGGCAGCCGUGAAUCCAUUCGCUCUGCCAUCUCCAUUUUUUGUUGAAGGAGAUGAUUAAAGAGACAUAUCAUCGAAAGUUAAAAAUGUCGUCGUCGUCGUCCUCUUCACCUUCCUCUUCUUUCGAGUCGGAAAUGGAGGAGCUACGGUGGUUAGAGAAUGCUCCUCCCUUCUGGAAGAAUCCUAAGGCGAAGAGAUUAUCAAAGCAGCUCUCCAUGUUAGAGACACCUCGUGAUAUUGCAUGGGAGAAGCGCCGCCGCCAGAUUUUCAUGCAAGAGCGGAAGAAAAACGACUCAGACGAUUUGACAGACGAGGAUUUGAGCGAGCUAAAAGGAAGCAUAGAGCUCGGAUUUGGGUUCAAUGAAGAACAAGGACAAAAGCUGUGCAACACAUUGCCUGCCCUUGACCUUUAUUUUGCGGUGAACCGCCAGUUUUCGAUGAGCCCUGUACUGAGUCCAAAUAGUACCGAGUCGGCGCCCGCUCUCGGUGGCCGGUCGACUUCUUUUGGGAGCGACUCUGCUGAUUCAUGGAAGAUUUGCAGUCCAGGUGAUGAUCCUCAACACGUGAAGACAAAGCUGAGGCACUGGGCUCAAGCAGUGGCAUGUUCAGUGAGGCAAUCCUCUUGAAGGGUAACUGGAUUACACAAAAACGCAACAUGACACAAAACGACACAUGAAAACGCUAACGAGAACUAUUGUUCUCGUUUACGCCUACUUUCGUAUUUAUGUAUUAACUGCGCAUUUAGGCAAACUUUUAGAGUUUUGUUAAUUUGAGGAAUUAACAAUCAUAAAGUCUUGAAUUUUGCAAAAUCCAAGUCGAAGAGUAGCAACUUCGGAAUUGGUUUUGGCAACCUCAAAACUUAUAUAUUAGAUUUUUUAGACCAUGAGUUAGAUUUUUUUUUUUUU